UCUUUUUUCUGUUAAGUAGUUUACUGCUAUCUUUUGGUCAAUAAAAACCUUGCUUAGUUCACCUAGUACAUGCACAAACCAAACAUAACACUACUUUAAAAACAUUCCAUAAGGAAAUAUGCACAAGCCACAAACUUAAGAAAAGAAUAGACCACAUUCUUAUCCAUUUUGUUUGGAAGAUGAGAAUCACUUACGUUAUAAUGAUGAUACCUGUAUUUUGGGCACUUGUUCUGGCUCAGCCAAGCUGCCCUGGGGCAUUAACAUCUUUGACUCCUUGCUUGAGCUUUGGUGUCGGAAAUUCGUCCACCCCUACUUCAUCUUGCUGCUCGGAGCUUGCUAAUAUGCUUCAAACAGUGCCUACAUGUAUUUGCGACGUGCUUAAUGGUAGUGGUGCACAAGCACUCGGUGUUCUACUUAAUCAGACUCUGGCUCGUGCUCUUCCUAGUGCGUGCGAUAUAAAAACUUCAGCCCUUCCCCAAUGUGAUGGACUAGUACCUGAAACAACAGGAAAUGGUGCAUAUUCUCAAGGAUCCGUAAUAAAGAUACCAUUACUGCUAGUGCUUGCUAUUUCAUUCACAUUACUCGCUACAUUCUUUCAAUUUUAA